GUCGUCGCGGCCAAGACGGCGGCCUCGCGGGCGCGGGCCGUGCCUGGGGGCGACCUCGGAGGCGGCCCUCUUGCGGCGGCCCUCCAUGGCGCCGAGGCUGGGGGUCCGCCUGCGGUUGCCUGGCGCGUGUCGGAGCCAGGGGUGGACUUCGGGGAGAUAGGCGCCAACGGCGAGCCGCGGAUGCCUGUGCGCGCGGGGCGCCCGCAUGAGGUGGCAGCGACGGGCGACGGGCAGGGGGUGCCGGUGAUGGCCGUCGACCCGCAGCUCAGUUUCAAGGAUUUCGAGGCCCAGAGGUGGGCACAGCUCUCGCCGCCUACGCCGCGGGGGCCGCCCGAGCCAGCCCCCGCGUCCGACGACGGCCCUGUCGCCGCUUCCCCUCGGGAGGCGGGGGGCCAGGGCGCGGGCGCGGCGGGCGCCGGCUGCCCGCUGUCCAAGCGACCCCCUGGCGGUCGACUGGGGCUCGCAGGGGGGAGGCACGCGCUGCGGGGGCUGGCCAAGAGCUUCGAGAUGGUCGGGUGCCACGACCUAGCGUCCCUGCUGUGUCUGGCGGGGGUGGAGGGGGCGAUGCGGAGGUGGCAGACCAUCGUGGGGGCCCACUCGGCGCCGGGCGCAAAGCUCAACUACCCCGCGGCCAAGGUGUACUCGGGCACCGCGAUGCUGGAGAACGUGGUGGCACCCGACCCGCGGUUGUACGGCGCCAAGAGGUUCAAGGAGAAGAGGAGGGAGGGCAGCGUGCACCGUGUGGGCCUCUCCCUGAAUCACGUGGAGGACGGGGGGGACGAUGGCGCAGGAGCGGCCGAGCUGGCCGCAGCCGCAGGUGGCAGCAGGGGGGGCGGGGGUCGCGGAGCUGGCAGGGCGAAGAUGAACGCCAAGGCCAGGUCCUGCAUGGGGGUGCAUCGGCGCCUGCCGGCCUUCGACGUCCCGGCCAGGCUGGGUGGUGCUUCCCGCCGGUCCCGACACCGACAUGGGCGUGGCGUGGAGGUGCGGAGGCGCAAGAACGAGACCGUGGACGCGCUCCACUGGUGCUUGGGUGCGCGGACUUCGGCGUGCUCAGGCGCCUCUGAAUUCGAGAUGGAGGCCGUGGCGGCCCUUGUCGCCCCUGUCGUUGCGAAGCCAGCGACAGCGCCUUCCCAGGAAGAAGCCGCUGGUGUGCUUCUCCGUGGUCACCUCAGCUACGACGCCGAGGAGACCCAUGCCACCGUCGUGCCCUACGAGUUUGGUUCCGUCUCGCUCCCCGAGCACGUCCACGAUGCAGCCGACGUGACGGCGGUGCUGGAUGCUGAGGACCGCCUGAUUAUCGAGGGUUGGCAACAGAGCAUGAUGCGGUUUUCUGAUGAGUUGCGACAGCUCAACGAGAGGAUAGAGUGCGAGCCUGGGUUCGUGGGCGACCCUGGGUUCGGCUUCACGCUGGGGGUGGGGGACGUGGGGAACUGCUUCCACCGGCUGCGGCUGCCCGACGGUAUGCAUCGGUGCUUCGCUCUGCGGCCUAUCCCCGCCAAGUACACCGAGCUGCGGGACGCCGUAGGGCGGGGCGUCCUCAUAUACCCGUGCUUGGCUUCGUUUCCCAUUGGUUUCACAUGGUCCUUGUGGGUCGCCCAGCGCUGCAGCGAGGCGGUGCUGGGCAGGGUCUCGCAGCUCGGGCCCAGCAGGAGGAUCACGGACCACACCGAGCCGAUCGUUCUGCGGAAGGGCGGCGAGGUGCAGUACGCCCUGUACGUCGACAACCUGGACGUGUUCGGAGGGGCCGAGCCCCCGGUGCAGCUGGCGCUCGGCGCUGGCUGCGCGGCCUUGGGGGCGGUCGGGCUCAAGACGCACGAGCACGAGCUGAUGGCAAGAGGAGGCGAGACGCUGGGGCGCCUGCUGGGUGGCCGGCAGCUCGAGGCGCGGGUGGCCGAGAAGCGGAGGUGGCGCAUUGAUGGCGCCUUCCGCUGGGCCCUUCGGCGCCGCCGCCUCAGUGGCAAGCAGCAGGAGAGGCUCGUUGGCCACGCCGCAUUCGUGAGCCUGCUGGGCCGCACGGCACUGAGCGUUCUUAACGCCUGCUACGCCUUCAUGCAUCGGCAUGGCGACAGCAUGGCCGUCGUGUGGCCGACCGUGAGGCAGGAGCUCCAGGCUUUCAUCGGGCUACUGCCGCUGGUUCGCGCACCACGGGAUUUGCCCUGGUGCGGGCCGGUGGUGGCCACGGAUGCCUCUCUCGAGGGAUGGGGGCACUGCCGCUGUGCGCUGACGGCCGAUGCUGUGGCUAGCGUCGCUCGCGUCCCAGAGGUGCCGUUCGGGGAGGGGGGUCUCUUCUCAGCCCGGGACUACUUCGCUGAGGGCGAUUUGAUAUCACCUAGGAGAGUUACUGGGAAGGGUAAGUGGAAGGUCGGAGAACGCAUUCCGGAGUUAGAAGCUCGAGCUCUGGUUCUGGGCCUGGAGAGCCAAAUCGCCGAGGGAAUCGCUAAUAGUCGUGACCUGUUCCUGGUGGACAAUGCGGCCAUCGUUCUCUCGUUCGCUCGGGGUAGGUGCAAUAUCUAUGUGGUGCUACAGCAGAUCCGACGGUUUCGUGCUCUUUGUCUUAUUCACAACAUCCGUCCAUAUUUCCGCUGGAUUAUGUCUGAGUUCAACCCGGCGGACGCGCCUUCCAGAGAUGGGGGCGAGCCGGGGUCGCAGCGCAGCCGCUGCCAGGUAGAGGGCCGCGGCCAAGCGGACCGCCCGCCUGGGGCCGCCCAGGCCGGGUCCGCGCCCACUCUGGAGUGGCUCCCGCCGACGGCUGGCCGCCCGCGGAGGCGCGCGCAGCUGCGCCCGCAGGCGCACGGGCUGCCGCCUGCGGCCGGGCCGAGCCAGGCUGUCGGCCGGCGGACGCUGGGCGUAGCGGCCCCCAAGCUUCUGUGCCGGUGGCCGGUGCCAAAGCUGGGGGGCCUGUCGGUGGAGGUGGCCGCGACAAGGCCCCUGUUCGCCGCCGCGCGCGCGGAGGCCGGUGCCGGCCAGGACCGCGGCGAGAUAGCAGUGGCCGCGGAGAACGCGGACAGCGACACCCUGGACGCCCUCACGAGGUGCGAGUGGGGGCGCUCCAAGUACCCGAUGGGCGCCCGGCGCGCCAUGGGCCAGCUGGGUGCCCUGCUCGAGUCGGAGGUCGUGCAGCCAAAGACCAGGGAGUACUACCACCUCCUGGUCUCGAGGUUCGUCUACUGGGCGAAGCAGAAGCGGCUGAACCUCCGCCCGCCGAACCAGCUGGAUGGGGCGCUGUACAUCCUCAAGGCAGAGCUGUUCCUGUCCGGACAAGAGGCGAGUGUGGGGGAGAGGCUGCUGGCUGGUGUCCUGCGCGCCCUCUUGGAGUCUGGGAAGGUUGGCCAGCUCUCGCUCCCGUGCGCGUGGGGAGGAAUGAGGGGCUGGCGGCGGCUAUGCCCUGGUCGGAGCCGGCAUCCGCCGCCGCUGUGUGUGUGGGGAGCCGUAUGCCACUGGCCGUCAGAGCGUGGCAAGCGCCGCUGCGCGGCCGCGAUCCUGUGGGGCCUCCUGUGCUACCUGAGGCCGUCCGAGCUGCCCGGCGUGAAGGGCGGGCACUUCGUGCCGCCGGUGGGGGGCGUGUCCCGCCACUGGAGCCGGCUGCUGGCGCCAGAGGAGCUGGGCAUCCCGACCAAGGUGGGCGCGCUCAACGACGGCCUCCAGCUGGACACGAGGGGGCCGAAGUGGCCCUGCGUGGUGUGGCGGGAGCUCAGCGCCACGCCAGCGACGAAGCGGGCCUGCCCGUUCAGCUACCAGGACCUGUUGGCCGACGUGCAGACUGUCAGUGCCACGCGGGGCUGGAGGCUAGUUCCCUACCAGCACCGUCACGACAAAGCCUCGCACGACAGGCUGCGACAGCUACGGGGCCUCCCAGAGGUGAUGAUGCGGGGCCAAGGGCGGAAGUUCAAGUCGGUCGCCAGGUGCGAGAAGCACGCGCGAGUGAGGCCGGAGUUCGGCCAGCGG